UUGUUCAUUAUAAUUUUUAUUAUCAUGGAUAUGAUUAAAAAGCAAUUGCUGCAAGCAUGUAUUAAUCAUGGCAGCAUGAAACUUGAAAUUUUCCAACGUAUGUUAAGGGACCUCUGUAAAGCAUAUGAAAUAUCCGAAGAAUCUUUCGUUACUGUUGAAGAAUUGACAAUAUUAAUUAACGAGAUUAACGAAAAUAUUAAUCAAUAUGAUCAAAUGUUAACCAUUGUCAAACAUCCGCUAAAUAACGAAGAGUAUGUAGUUUUUGCCAUGUUAAAAUCAAAUUUAGCUUGUAAAUUUCAACCCCAAUACACUGAUAACGAACGAAAAUAUUUUUACAAGUUACUUGAAACAUUGGCAAACAGUGAAGAUUUCGGUAUCGAAUGGAAUGACAUCUACAGCGUGGCCAAUACACUACCGACGAAUGCACAACAUCCCAUUUCCAAACAACGCAUACAAGAUUUAGAAGAUCAGUGGACUUCUCAAGGUUACUUUAUUGCUAAAGAUCAUAAAAUAUUCUUCGGGCCUCGCACCAUUGUGGAGUACGGCAAUUAUCUGAAAAAUCACUUUCCUGAGUUUAUUAAAGAUUGCGUGUUAUGCAGUAAAAUUGUAUUUUGGGAUAUAAAAUGCAACGAAUGUGAAGUAAAAUUGCACCGGGAAUGCAUACGUAAAUAUUUGUCAAAAAAAACCAACUGCCCUAAUUGUAAAAAAAAGUGGAAUACGCAUUUGUAAGCAUUUUUUCUUGCUUAUCUUCUGAGUAAAAUAAAGGAGUUUAUUGUUCUUAAUACAAUUUAAAUAAAUAAUAAAAGGGUAUGAGUAAAAUCAGAG